AGGGAAACGCCGGCGCACUGAAAAGAUCCAGAACUGUUCAGUGCUCUGACUUCUCAGCGAUCUAUAGAUUCAAGAAGCCGAGCUCCUAUACCAACCGUCACAACGGUCAAAAACUGGUGUGAUUUUGAUUCCCGGGGAGAGCAAGAAUGGCGUCGAAGCAAAUGGAAGAGAUACAGAAGAAGCUAGCCGUUCUCAAUUAUCCGCGAGCCGACGCUCCUGCUCAGUCUCUCCUCUUCGCGGGCAUGGAGCGCUAUGCUCUCCUCGAAUGGCUUUUCUUCAAAUUGUUGGGUGACAAAUCACCGUUCUCUCAACAAAAUCUCCAAGGGGAUGCCAUGGAUCGGGAUGAAGAAACUUCUAGAAUACAGUAUCUGGCAGAGAUAGCCAAGUUCCUGGGAAUCAUGCCAACUAUAGAUACUGAAACCAUCCAAGGACGAGGAAGCUAUGAAGAUCGAACUGAAAUGCUACGUCUAAUAGUGGAUCUUGUUGAGGCUAGCAUUUAUGCUGAUAAUCCAGAGUGGAGCAUUGAUGAACAGGUAGCAAAGGAUAUACAACUAAUAGAUUCCAUUGCGGAGAAACAAGCUCUCAUAUUCUCAGAGGAGUGCAAGUUGUUCCCUGCAGAUGUCCAGAUUCAAUCCAUAUAUCCACUGUACGCAUAGCUUUCUCUGUUCCAUUUUCUGUUGUAUCCAGCUAUCUGCAUCACACGAUACCUCAUCUUGAAACCAUAGUAAGGCACUUCAAAUAUAUCUUAUUAAUUUUCAAGUCUCUGGAGAAUCUUGCCAGUCUUGCACUUUUUUAUGUUCAAAACCAUGAACAAAUUUUGAUUUCUGGCUAUAUGCUUAAAGACUUCCAUAGAUGUAGAAGCAUUCAGCCGUUCCUUGUAGGACCCUAACAUCUAUUGCAAUACUGUUUCAUGAUUUACGCUCGAAUCCCAUUGAGAUAAUCAUUUUUGCAUAAAUUAGUUGAGUAAUGAACUGCUUCCAUUUCAUGAGAUGCGGUAACAUUAGCUUCAUCUUUUGAAAGUACAUGUGCAGGCCUGAUGUAUCAGAGCUGGAGAGUAAGCUUUCGGAGCAAUCAAAAAUUCUCCUAAAUCUUCAACAGAAAGUUGAUGAUUUGGCAUCAAAGCAUGCUUACAAUCCAGGUGAAGAGUAUACACAGGUGGAAUCCCAACUUCGGCAGCACUUAGAGUCCUUCUUAGAAACUGCAAGAUCAUUCAACACGAUCUAUACAAAGGAGAUUCGCCCAUGGACACAUAUGAUGGAAGUGCCUCAGCUCCAUGGAUUUGGGCCAGCUGCUAACCGGUUGUUGGAGGCAUACAAGAUGCUUCUGAAGUUCCUGGGCAACCUGAGGAACCUGAGGGAUUCAUACGCAGCACUCGCUGUUGGUUCGUCAGAAACUGUGGCGGGUGAACCGUCUUCAGUCACAAACAUCAUAUCAGAGUGCGAGUCGGCAUUGACAUUCUUGAAUCACGAUCUUGCGAUCCUGUCAGCUUCCAUUAAUCGCGAGAAAGGUGGCAAUUCGACUCCUUGAGCGACAAGAAGAAGCAAGAACGUAAGAGUUCAAAACAUUUGUUGAGUGCUUGAGAACCAACCAGGUUGGCAGGCAGACCCUUGCGCGAAGAGAAGCGAAACCUGCAGUGGCUGAAUUCUCUGACUUUCUCAUGUAUUUUGUGCAAUUGGUCCUUGUACUUGUUCAGUAGAAACCAAGUGGAGAUUGGUGCAUGAGUGUGUUUUGGUCUAUGGCUUCUUGGGUUUGGGUGUGUUCUUUUGUAAUGAACUGACCAGUGUUGCUUUGGUGGCACCGUAACAUAUCACAUUGAGUUUCAUUUCGGGUAACAAUUACAAAAUCGGAUUCCCAAUAGAUUUAUUGAAAUUGAACUAUAUCCAUAUUCCAAAGUCUUAAAGAAUUGUUGAUUAAUCAAUGAACUUGACAAAUACAUUAAACCCAUG